CCUGAGUCAAGACUCACGAUUCAAGUCAAGUGACAUGGAUAUUCGUGUCAUGUUGGAUAUUGCAUUUGAAUUUAAUUUAGUCGAAUAUUAAUUGUAAAUUUCUAUUUGGAAUGAUUGGUAUAUUGUUAGGAAUAAAUAUGUUUGUUAUUAUCUGAGUUUAUAAGUAUAUUAAUUUAUUUUGCACUAGAUAUCUAAAGUUUAAUAAUAUGGCACCAAACAAUAUGCAUUCGUCAUUAGAUGAUUUAGUUCAAUACACACAAUUAUUUAAACCUUUGGCUACAAUUUUCCAAGGAACAAUUCUACCCUUCUUGAUAAUUUAUCCAUUGAUUUUCUAUUGCUGGAUAUUUGUGUACGGUUUCGAGGAUAACUUUGAAGCAGGGUUUGUGACUGUUUCGGUGGUCGCAGUCAUACAUAUUUUCAUUUGUCUUUGUUGUUACUGGAGUGUUCAUAUUCAAUGUUUCUUGUCGUAUACGCCGGUUAAGAAUCCUUUACAAGCGGAAAUUGUUAAAGUAGUUCCUACUUCUAAUAAUGGGUUUUCCGAGAUUGUCAAACUGCAUCAUGCGAAGUCUACAAAAUCAGAAGAUGCAACCCCAGAUGUCUGGUUCAUAUUUCAAAAGAGUAAAUAUGUUUAUGAUUGGGAUAAAAAAACAUUCCAUACAGUUGAAUUUCCUGCUAAUAAAACAUAUGAAGAAUAUACUGAAUCCAAAGGAUAUAUAGAUGAUGAAUCCAUUGCUACAGCUGAGAAAGAAUUUGGGAAGAAUGAAAUGAUUAUGGUUGUACCAGAGUUUAUGGAACUUUUUAAAGAACGAGCAACUGCUCCAUUUUUUGUUUUUCAAGUAUUCUGUGUUGCUUUGUGGUGCCUUGACAAAUAUUGGUACUAUUCUAUUUUCACUCUGGUUAUGUUAGUUAUGUUUGAGUGCACUCUUGUUCAGCAACAGCUAAGAAACAUGGCGGAGAUAAGAAAAAUGGGUAACAAACCAUAUAAUAUAAAUGUAUAUAGAAAUAGAAGAUGGCGUCAAAUUAUAAGUGAUCAAUUGGUACCUGGAGACAUUGUAUCUCUUACCCGCUCACUAAGUGAUAAUAUAGUUCCUUGUGAUAUUGUGUUAUUAAGAGGAUCUUGUAUUGUUGAUGAAUCUAUGUUAACCGGUGAAAGUGUUCCACAGAUGAAAGAACCUUUAGAGAAUGAAAAAGAUCUCAAACGAAAUUUGGAUGUUGAAGGUGAUGGCAAACUUCAUAUGUUGUUUGGUGGUACUAAAAUUGUUCAGCAUUCAUCACCUAGCAAAAAUGUGUCAUCUGGGUUAAAAGCUCCUGAUAAUGGUUGUAUUGGUUAUGUUAUUCGUAAUGGCUUUAAUACAUCCCAGGGUAAACUUUUAAGGACUAUUUUGUUUGGUGUUAAAAGAGUUACAGCUAACAAUCUUGAGACCUUUGGAUUUAUUUUGUUCCUUUUAAUUUUUGCAAUUGCGGCUGCAGCAUAUGUCUGGAUAAAAGGGUGUGAGGAUCCAGAAAGAAACAGAUACAAACUAUUUUUGGAAUGUACUUUAAUUUUAACAUCCGUUGUACCUCCAGAGCUGCCAAUUGAAUUAUCUUUGGCUGUGAAUACAUCUUUAUUAUCUUUAUCAAAGUUAGCUGUAUUUUGUACAGAACCAUUUAGGAUACCUUUUGCAGGAAAAGUUGAAAUAUGUUGCUUUGACAAAACUGGUACAUUAACCAGUGAUAAUUUAGUAGUUGAAGGUGUGGCAGGAAUAGGUGAAAACACAGAUGCUACAGUUAUACCACUUUCAGAGGCUCCUAUGGAAACUAUUCAGGUUCUGGCCACUUGUCACUCUUUAGUACAACUGGACGACGGAGUCGUUGGAGAUCCAUUAGAAAAGGCUACUUUAAAAGCAGCUGAGUGGAACCUCACAAAAGGUGAUGCCGUUGUACCAAAGAAAGGUAAAUCACCUGGUUUGAAAAUCGUUCAUCGAAAUCAUUUCGCAAGUGCUCUCAAAAGGAUGUCUGUAGUAGCUGGUUAUCAAAUAAAUGAGAGGGGUUUUAUAGAGACACAUUACAUAAGUAGUGUGAAAGGAGCUCCGGAAACUGUUAAAACUAUGCUAAAGGAAGUUCCUAGCCACUAUGACCACGUGCAUUUAACUUUAUCUAGACGAGGUGCGCGAGUUUUAGCUUUGGGUUAUAGAAAUCUAGGAAAAUUAACAUCACAGGAAAUUAGAGAUUUAUCGAGAGAAGAUAUCGAAUCUGACCUUACGUUUGUCGGUUUUGUAAUUAUAUCAUGUCCCUUAAAGAACGAUUCCAAAAAAGCAAUCGCUGAGAUUGUUCAUGCAUCACAUUCCGUUGUAAUGAUUACUGGCGACAAUCCUUUGACGGCAUGCCAUGUUGCGAAAGAGCUUAAAUUUACUCAAAAGAGUGAAGUGUUAAUUUUAACUGAAUCAAAUGAUAGUUGGAAUUGGAAAUCAAUAGAUGAGACUGUAGAAUUACCGGUCCAACCGUUUAAAACUUCAAAAGAGUUGACGAAAAAGUAUGAUCUAUGUAUAACUGGCGAAGGUCUUACAUUCCUAAAUAAAUGUUACACUAAAUUUUUUUUGGAAAUCAUAUCGCAUAUUAAAGUUUUCGCUAGAUUUGCUCCAAAACAGAAAGAAUUUGUCAUAGUCACACUUAAGUCACUCGGAUACGUAACGCUGAUGUGUGGUGAUGGUACCAAUGAUGUUGGAGCUUUAAAACAUGCCGAUGUGGGUGUAGCAAUUCUCGCAAAUGCGCCAGAACGUAUACGGGAGAAACGUGAAGAACGUCCGAGUCCAAUUGAGCCGGAUCUUCCUCGUCGACUGCCGGCCUCGCGAGACGCACGCGCCGAGGCCCGGGCUGAGGCCGCGGCGAGGCUGCGACGGGCAAUGAAGAAGUUGGAGGAAGAAGAUCAGCCUCAACUCGUUAGGUUGGGUGAUGCUAGCGUUGCUGCUCCCUUCACAAGUCGGCUGUCUAGUAUACUUUGUAUUUGCCACAUCAUCAAACAAGGGCGUUGCACUCUGGUGACAACACUUCAGAUGUUUAAGAUCUUAGCCCUCAAUGCGUUGAUAUUGGCAUACAGUCAGUCUGUGCUUUACCUUGAUGGUAUUAAAUUCAGUGAUGUUCAAGCUACACUUCAAAGUCUUUUGUUGGCGUCGUGUUUUCUUUUUAUAUCGAGAUCUAAGCCUUUGAAGCAACUGUCUAAACAGCGCCCUCUUCCGAAUAUCUUCAACGCAUACACUGUAAUGACGGUGCUCGCGCAGUUCGCAGUACAUUUCUUGUGUCUGGUAUAUUUAGUACGUGAAGCUACUCUGCGUUCUCCUGACAGGGAUACAAAGCCAAAGUUGGAUAUGGAUUUAUCUGAAGAUGAAGAGCGUGUGUUUACGCCGGAUCUCGUAAACAGCACUGUCUAUAUUAUUUCUAUGGCACUACAGAUAUCAACAUUUGCUAUAAAUUACAGGGGUGAACCAUUCAUGGAAGGUCUAAGAGACAACAAACCAUUGCUGUACAGUAUACUGAUAUCUGGUGGAGUUGUGUUCGCGCUGGCGACGGGAGUCCUUCCCGACCUGUCUAAUUUGUUUGAAAUCGUGUACUUCCCUCCAGAUUAUCGAGUGAUUUUAGUACAAGUUUUAAUAGCGGAUAUGGUGUUCGCUUAUUUGGUGGAUCGCAUCUGUCUGUGGCUGUUCGGAGACGCGCGCGUCAGCACCGUGACGUAGCGCACCACGUACGCGUCCACGCACACACCGCGGCAACCAAUCGCGUUGCAGUGUUCUUUAUAUCGUUGUGUGAAUAAAUGUUCAGUGUUAUAUGUCGGUGUGUGUGGUGGUCGUGUAUAGACUCACAACAGCUCAAAUUAUAUGCAUUUAAAGUUAUGUAAAUGUGUCAGUGGUAUUUUAUUUAUGAGAAAUAAAUGUGUAGUACAUUUUAA